AUGUUGUCCAGAGUUUUCCGUGCUUCGAAAAUCCAAAAGAGAUUCCUCUCUCUUCACGAGUUCCGCUCCGCUGCCAUCUUGGAGUCCUCCGGUGUUGGUGUCCCUAAGGGUUUCGCCGCCACCACCCCACAGGGUGCCUUCGAUGCCGCCCAGAAGUUGGGCACCAACGAGUUGGUGAUCAAGGCUCAGGCUUUGACCGGUGGUAGAGGUAAGGGUCACUUUGACAACGGCUUCCAGGGCGGUGUCAAGUUGAUCUCUUCCCCAGAGGAGGCCAAGGACUUGGCCGAGAAGAUGUUGAACCACAAGUUGAUCACCAAGCAGACCGGUGAGGCCGGUAAGGAGGUCACCGCUGUCUACGUUGUCGAGAGAAGAGACGCCAAGACCGAGGCCUACUUGGCCAUCUUGUUGGACAGAGCUACUCAAUUGCCUAUGAUCGUGGCCUCCUCCCAGGGUGGUAUGGACAUUGAGGGUGUUGCUGCCAAGGACCCAGAUGCCAUCAAGACCUUCCCCGUUGACUUGAAGAAGGGUGUCACCGACGAGUUGGCCAAGGACGUUGCCUCUCAGUUGGGCUACUCUCAGGAGGCUAUCCCAGAGGCCGCUGAGACCGUCAAGAACUUGUACAAGGUCUUCACCGAGAAGGACUGUACUCAGGUUGAGAUCAACCCAUUGUCUGAGACCCCAGACCACAAGGUUUUGGCCAUGGACGCCAAGUUGGGCUUUGACGACAACGCCGAGUUCAGACAGAAGGAAGUUUUCUCCUGGAGAGACCCUACCCAGGAGGACCCUCAGGAGAUAGAGGCUGCCCAGUACGGCUUGAACUUCAUCAAGUUGGACGGUAACAUUGCCAACAUUGUCAACGGUGCCGGUUUGGCCAUGGCCACCAUGGACAUCAUCAAGUUGUACGGUGGUGAGCCAGCCAACUUCUUGGACUGUGGUGGUACUGCUACUCCUCAGACCAUUGAGAAGGCUUUCGAGUUGAUCUUGUCUGACAAGAAGGUGAACGGUAUUUUCGUCAACAUCUUUGGUGGUAUCGUGAGAUGUGACUACGUUGCCGAGGGUUUGAUUGCCGCUACCAAGAACUUCCAGUUGGACAUCCCAGUUGUCGUCAGAUUGCAGGGUACCAACAUGCAGAAGGCUAAGGAGUUGAUCAACAACUCUGGUCUCAAGUUGUUCCCAUUCGAGGACUUGGACCCUGCCGCCGAGAAGAUUGUCUCUUUGGCCCCAAAGGCUUAA